UCCUCAAAAAAGAUAUUUGAAACAACUUUCAUUUUGAUUGCAAAAUAAGUUUAAAAUUAUUGAUUUCGUUGUAUGAAACAUGAUCGUCUUUUUUAAAGGUACGAAGACGUACCGCUAGCUUCUUUAUUUACCAAAUUAUCUAUGAAGUCAAUUCAGUUAAACAACGACCGAGUGCAAUAAAGCACAAUGAGCUGUUCCCUGUACCUAGGUCUUUUGACUGCUCAGGCAUUAAGUAAUUGAUUACUAGCCAACCAAUAGAUGCUUUUGGAAGAUUUGCUGAAGCCUGUUUCCCUGACCUAGCUAUAAUGCGCAAUAAGUAGGAAUCAUUUUGAUAUAUUCGCGUCAUACAUGUAGGGAUACAGGAUAAAAAAUUUCACAAGUGCUGAAGUCAGAAUGAUGAAAACAUUGAUACAUUUAUUUCCACUCCUCGUUGUGUGUAACUGUGUUAUGUUCGAACAUCUCAAAGAAGGAGCAACAUGCCCAGAGUUGUUCUUAUCGGAAUACCAGGAAAAGAAUAUGGAAUGUUUAGAUGAAAAUAAAACUGCUCACUGUUUGAUUGAUGAUCAGAACAAUCAUGGCUUGGUUUGUGAAAACAUCUUGAAAAUCCCGAAAGGAAAGUGUCCUUUCUUUGACAACAAGAAAGAGAGAAUGGCUAUCAGGCAAUGCCAAGGGAAGAACUGUCCAAGCGAGGAAAUAUAUUCACCAGCUGCAGUAAAAUUUGAUGGCUGUUAUGAAGAAUACAGGCAUGAUGAACUUUGAUGAAAUGAUGCUUCCAAAAGACCAAAAUUUGAACAUGAUAUAAUUUUUUAAUAUUUCAAAUUGGAUAAUUUCUGAAAAAUAAACUCACUUCGGAACA